CAAGCAACCAUGAGGGGAGUCAACUUGGAAAGAAUCAAAGGGGGCAGAGAGGAGUGUUUGAUAAAAUAAAGAAACCCGAUCAAACUGUUUCGGAUUCUUCACGCUUUCUCUUUGAAAUGUCCGUUUUCUAAUAUAAACCCUAACCGAUUGCACAUAAAAUCUAUUUUCCAGCGUGUUUGUAUGUUAUCUCAAGAACCCUAGGCAAUAGCAUUUCAAUCAAUAACGAAUUUCUCUACAAUUGCAAUAUUUUUACCAAAGUUUUCUAGGUUUGAUUGAAGGGGUUACGAUAGAUAUAAUAGAGAGGGAAAGAAAUAGAGGAAUUCUGGUAUUUGGUGGAUGGUCUCAUGGGCGCAGCGGGGUCAAAGCUCGAGAAAGCUCUAGGAGACCAAUUUCCUGAAGGCGAACGAUAUUUCGGACUAGAAAACUUCGGUAACACUUGCUACUGUAACAGCGUCCUGCAGGCUCUAUAUUUUUGUGUUCCAUUUCGUGAACAACUACUUGAAUAUUAUGAGAAGGUUAAAAAUCCAGAUGUAGAGGAAAAUCUCCUUACAUGUUUGGCAGAACUGUUUACACAGAUUAGUACACAAAAGAAGAAAACAGGUGUUAUUGCUCCAAAACGCUUUGUACAAAGAGUGAAGAAAGAAAAUGAACUUUUCCGUGGUUACAUGCAUCAGGAUGCACAUGAGUUUUUGAACUUUUUGUUAAACGAACUAGUUGAUAUACUAGAGAAAGAAACAAAAGGUACAAAAGAACAUUCAUCACCUCCUGAAAAGAUUCCCAAUGGUAUACAUGUGCCUCAGGCUAAUGGUGUAAGAAAGGAGCCCUUGGUUACAUGGGUUCACAAAAACUUUCAGGGUAUACUCACAAAUGAAACAAAGUGUUUAAGAUGUGAGACUGUAACUGCAAGAGAUGAGACAUUCUUGGAUCUGAGCCUUGAUAUUGAGCAAAACAGUUCCAUUACAAGUUGCCUAAAGAACUUCAGUUCGACUGAGACUUUAAAUGCUGAGGAUAAGUUUUUCUGUGAUAAGUGCUGCAGUUUGCAGGAAGCACAAAAGAGGAUGAAGAUCAAGAAACAGCCGCAUAUUUUAGUGAUACAUUUGAAGCGGUUUAAGUACAUGGAACAGCUGGGAAGUGGGCCCAACCACGGGCAUUAUCAGUUCAAACUUCCUUUGGUUCAGCUCAGGAGUAUGCAAGCAACACUGACCAUGGAUACAUUCUGUUUUAUGAGAGCCUUGCUGGAAAUAAUAACAACAUCACCUGCUGAAUCAAAUUCAAUCAUGAGGAUGAGAGGAUGGAUGGGUUUGAUGUACAGUUGA